AUGCCUGAUCCAUUUUCCAUCGUGGGUUUGGCUGCGGCCAUUGCUCAGUUCCUAGACAUUGGCUUUCGGCUAUUGCACGAUGCUAAAGAGACCUACGAGUCUAGCGCUGGGGCUAAACAAGAUCUGACUGAGCUCCGGAUGAUUGUGGAAGAUAUCAAGCUUCUCAACGAAAAUAUUGGACCCAGUUCGCUUUCUCGGCCACUGUCCAAGGACGACAUCGCAAUCUGUGCUCUCGCUGGCCAAUGCAACGCGAUUGCAGACAGCCUUCUAGCAGAGCUAACGCCGCUAGAGGUGCGCAAAGAAACGAAAUACCGCAUGCUGGAAAGUGUUAGAGUUUCUAUAUCCGUAUUUACACGACGUAAAGAUAUCCAAAGGCUCUGGGAUAGGCUGUGCCUAAUAGAAAGGCAGCUACGGGAAAGAGUCGCGCGGACGACUCAGAAAGAGCAGUACUCGAGCAUUGUGCUAGUAUUGGAGGAUCUCCGCCGUGAACUCGAAAUUGCAGAGCAUCAGACCUUAAACAAGCUCACUGAUCUCAAGGAGUCGAUUGCUCUCGCAGCACAAUCCACCAUGCUGCCCACGGGAAAAGGGUAUACCCUAAAGCUGAUUGACCUACACUCAACUCUCAUCGAUCUUGUCCAGGAGGGUAGAUCCGUUGAGUACCGACAAAGGGUAAUUGAAAGCCUGACGUUCAAAGCCAUGACAAAACGCCAUAGUCAGAUUGACACUGCACACUUCAAUACACUGGGCUGGGCUCUAGAUGGAUCGACAACUACACUCGGUCAAUGGCUUGAAAGGUGCAGCGGGAUAUACUGGGUAAACGGUCUGGCGGGCAGCGGCAAAUCCACACUAAUGAAGUACAUUGUCGACCACGAGAGGACAAAGCUCGCGCUCAAAAGCUGGGCCGGGGACGAGCGGUUGUUUAUUGCGAACUUCUAUUUCUGGAAUGCCGGAGUGGAUAUGCAAAAGUCUCAGCUGGGCCUCCUGCAAAGUAUACUAUACCAGAUCCUCCGUUUCGAUCCAUUGCUGGUCUCUCAAAUCUGUCCCAACCACCAGGGCUCGGAACCAUGGGAUAUAGCAGAGUUGAAAGGCGCCUUCAAUAACUUAGUCAACGCAGGGUCGUCCGCUAAAUUCUGCUUCUUCAUUGACGGCCUUGAUGAAUAUGAUGGCAGUGAGUGGGAAAUUAUCAAUGUCCUGAAAAGCUUGGCUCAGUCCCCAAACGUCAAAAUUUGUGCCUCUAGUCGGCCAUGGCCAGCAUUCGAAAAGGAGUUGAGCCACCCGGAGCGCAUGUUUAUGCUGCAGGAUUUCACUAGAAAGGACAUGGAGGUUUACGUCGACGGUAUGCUUACCAACAAUUGCACUUUUCACGAUCUCGUGCAAAGGGAUAGCCGAUGCCAUCAUCUUGUCGUGGAAAUUGCGGAGCGCGCAAACGGCGUGUGGCUUUGGGUAUUCCUCGUUGUCCGGGAUCUGUUGAGAGAUAUCAAUACUGGGGAAACGUACAGCACGCUGGAGGCACGCCUUAGAAGUUUGCCACAGGAGCUGAACCAAUAUUUCACCCGAAUUCUGAAUAGAAUCGAUCCUUUCUUCCGCAAAGACACGGCGCGCAUAUUCCUUAUCACUGUUGAGUCCGCAAGCCCACUCCCAUUAUUUGCACUCUCUUUCCUAGAGAGUGAGUUGAUGGACGAGCAUUACGCUCUUAAUGCAGACGUGAAGGCUUUGACUACCGGCGAUAUAUUGGGCACCCAUGCAAACUGGCGACUGCAGCUACAGGCCCGAUGCGGAGACCUGCUUCUUGUCCGUACAAAUGAUUCUGAGGAUGCUUUUUUCAACCAGUCUGUGGAUUUUCUCCACCGAACUGUGCGCGACUUCCUUCGGGACAAUCAUCACACUGCACUACACAGUCAGGUAUCCAAAGAUUUCUGCAGCAAAAAGACAUUGUGUAGGAUGCUAUUGUCCUUGCUGAAGUGCUACCCAGUAGAAAGUUUCCGCCGCUCGUCAAACGGACUUUUUACACUCGUGGAUGAAAUCCUUUACUACGCCCACGACUUGGAACAAUUAGGUCAAUCGACUUCCCAAUUCCCUCUUUUGGACGAGAUUGACAGAGUCAUGUCUAUACAUGCCAAAGAAGAACGUGUACACUGGACUCAUGGGAGGGAUUCACCAUCAAACACCACCUAUGUGCGAUGGAUUGAACGAGGCCAUUGCUCCUAUCUAGGGCUGGCCACCCAGGCCCGACUACGGCAUUAUGUUGAAUAUGCACUAGACAGAGAGCCAUCCCAAAUAACCAAAAAGGGCCGACCCCUGCUAGAUUAUGCUCUUCGGCCGACCCGUGUCACUCCCAGUGAUCUUCCGUAUUACCGGGAGCGAGACGUUGCAGGGAUCGAAACCGAUCUUGUCGCUGCCCUACUCUCCCGAGGCGCCGAUCCCAACGAGCGUAUUCAUAUAUAUGGCGGACAAACAACAUGGGAGUUAUUCAUACUCUUUACUUAUGAGCGAAGCAGGCAUCAAGCCCUUCAGGAUAGCUCUUUCUUUGAGGUUGUCUGCCUUCUUCUCGAAUAUAAUGCCGACUUGGAUCAAACAGUGCAUUUUCCUUCAGUGCAAACACACUUGGGUACAACUGCGAGAUAUAAAACCCAGGUGGAGGUCGAAAAAAGCCAUGCCCCUGCGAGGGAGCUUCUUGCCAGUAUAUUCCACCCACAUCAAAUGAUGACGCUGGAAAGAAUACAGACAGAAACUCGGCUUCGGGCUGAGAAUCGCGGACCAGGCUGGACAGAAUGGAUCAUCUCCCUGAUUGCUGGAACAGGGCAUAAUCAAGGAUCGCAACUGAAAGUGUCUUGA